AUAGUUUGUACACCGGCGAGCAUUUGCGGCCUGUCCUGUCUGCAAAUAUCGCUGAAAAAAUCAUCGUUUUAACAGGUUUUUGCAAAAAAAUCUGCAAAUCUUUGCUUCCAGGCUUAAAAUUCAUCAUCCAAGCCGCAUAUUUUCACGUGAAUCGACAACGUUUGGAUAAAAAUUAGGUUUGUUUGAACCGUAAAAUCAACAUGUCCACAAAGACUUUGCCGAUUCUGUUUUUAAACCUCGGAGGAGAAAUGCUUUAUAUUUUGGACCAAAGACUCCGAGCGCAGUCCAUCCCGCAAGAAAAAGCUCAAAAGGUUCUUCAUGACAUCAUUGGAAGUAUGUUUAAUAAAAGAUUUAUGGACGAACUGUUCAAGCCCCAAGAUGCGUACUCAAAGAAAGCAAUGAGAACUGUUUUCGACCGCCUGGCUCAUGCAUCCAUCAUGAGACUUAACUCAGCCAGUAUGGACAAGUUGUAUGAUCUUAUGACAAUGGCUUUGAAAUAUCAGGUUUUGCUCAGCAUGAGUCCACGUGAUAUCCUUCUGAUUACUUUGAACCACAUGGAUGCUGUGAGGAAAUUUGUUGCAGGAAAUGACCACGUCAUGGAGCAAGUUAACAACGUUUAUAAAUUACUUUAUCAGAACUACGCCUGCUUAAGCCUGGCACAAUUUCAACUUAUCCGACAAUCCUUGCUUUCCUUCCUCCAAGAUCUGCAUAUCAGGGUGUCAAUAUUUCUCAAAGACAAAGUUCAGAACACAAAUGGUAAAUUUGUAUUGCCGACCGACGGAGCCGUUCCUUUCUCGUCAGAGGUACCUGGGACAAUCAGAUACUAUGAUGAAAAUGGCAAGGUUUACAAAACCAACGAAUUUAGCAGCAACUGCAAGCAUCAUUUGUCUGAUAAGCAAGGCUCGUUUGAACUUUUUGGAGACAGAGUGAUCACAUUAGGAACUAAUAUGUAUACUGCGUCCAGGCCAGUGGAGACGUCUCCUCCUAAAACUGUUCCGCAGGAAACAAGCAGAUCUGGAUCAAUGACAACUCUUACUGAGGCUGAAUCCACCGAAAACCCAAACCCAAUCGCCAAAGCAGAACUCAACCUUCUUGCUCAUCUAAUGGGAGGAAAUACUGACAAGCCAUCCGCAAACAAAGGAAACACUUUCCGUCUUAAUCUCUUUAACACUGAUGAGGAAGAGCAGCAAGCAGAGGUGCACAGAGUGAAGAAACAUUCUGGAAACGUCAUCACCGUGGACGCAACAAAGACGAAGCAGCAUAAUGAACUUAGCAAACUGAUGAGCGAAUUCUCCAUAGACGAGUCCUCAAGUGCAGGCAGUAAAGGAGAUGAUUUGUUGGAGCUUAUGGACUCAACAUGAUUUAAGGCUUGUGAACUCUAGAAAUUUUAAGGAAUUAUUUUACAAUUAGCUGUACAUAUUUGAAUGAAUAAAUUUGAUGAAA